GAUAAUGACGUCAUUCAAGAUGGCAACUUGCAAGAAAACCCGUCAGGUCAGGUGAAAAUGUCUUAGAUGACAGAUUUCUCAAUCAUCCAGAGGAUUUUUUUCAAUAACUCCGGCCCAAGGAGGGGAUUAAUACUCAAAAUUUAUCCAACUAGACAAGUACAUGAUGGCAAAAGUACGAUACUCAAUGCCAUUUUGGAGAUUCAGUACAUUUGCAAGGUUUCUAGUUUUCUUAGAUGGCUCUGCGUCUCUUGCUCUAUGGGUAACUGGUGGUCAUACAAACUACCUUGAGAGCAGUGUGACGCAAUGGACUAUCCUUGGCUCUACAUUUGAGUUAGCCCUCUUGGGCCUGUUCAAGAUGCUCUUUCUCUUCUAUGCCUUCACGAAGAUGGAAGACUACUCACUGGCUCUCUUGGAUUAUCCCUUUGAUGCUUCUCUUAAGUCAUGGAAGAAGUCAAGCCAUAUGUUUACCAUUUUCUUCAGUUUUCUCAGCUUGGCAUACACAACAACGAAGGGUGGCCUUGUGUUAAAUGCUAUUCUGAACAACCCCAAAUAUGAACUGAUGCAUAUUACCUACAACAUCCUUGUGAUAUCUUCGGUUGCCUUCUCAUUUCUGGAGUUGAUUACAUCGUUGGCAGGACCUUACUUUAUGCGGAAGUUGCAGAUCAUCCGCAUUGAAAACAGACUCAAUGAUGAGGAUGAAAAGAAGGAGAAGAAAGAAAGCAAAGCUGAUCUGGGCAGAGUGUUGUCUCUUGCUAAAUCAGAAGUAGGUUUGAUAUCACUAGGAAUGGUUGGCUUGAUCGGAUCAAGUGCAUCUUCCAUGGCAGCCCCUUUAUUUUUUGGAAAGGUUGUAGAUGAAGCAGUCACUUCAAAAACAAUGGAUGGUGUGAACAGAGUUGUCCUCAUUUUAUUCCUCAUCUUUGCUGGGGGCGCUAUCUGCUCUAUGGUCCGUUCUUGGUCCUUUACUCUGGCUGGGAUGCGUGUGGUCUGUCGUUUAAGGAAUACCCUGUUUGCUGCCAUCAUAAGACAGGAAGUGGCAUUCUUUGAUACUAACCGUACUGGUGAGCUCACCAGCCGACUUUCAUCCGACACUCAAGUGGUGCAGAAUGCCGUCACGGUGAACAUUUCAAUGCUUGUCAGAUAUUCUUUUCAAAUCUUGGGGUCCAUUGCAAUCAUGUUCAGUCAGAGUGCAUCCCUUACUGGUGUCUUACUCUCUGUAGUCCCUAUUAUAGCAAUUGGUGCAGUGCAGUAUGGACGAUACGUUCAGAGUUUCCAGAAGAACUUCCAGGAUGCCCUUGGAGAUGCAGGAACUGCUGCAGAGGAGGCCCUGUCCAGUAUCAGGACUGUGCGGUCCUUCAUUGGAGAACCCAAGGCCAUUCAAAGCUAUGAGAAAGAGAUUGACAAGAGCUACUUCUUUGGAAAGCGUAUCUCUGCAGCCAAUGGUGUCUUCAAUGGAAUUGUUGGUCUGGUCAUGCAGGGAGCUAUAGCACUUGUGCUUUGGUACGGUGGCAAGUUGGUUCAUUUGAAUCAAACAGACCAGACACAGGGAAUCUCUGUUGGACAACUCACAUGUUAGUAUAUUGUUUCAAAAUAUGACCCAUCUUCUGAAUUAUGGCUUAACUAACUUAGUGUAGAUCAGGGGAGUGGUUCAUUUAGAGAUUUGUCAGUGAUUUUCACAGAUAUGUGUUAUAAGCUACUGUAAAUCCCUGCAUCUGAUUGGCUAAUUCAUCAGUUAAAACCACUGAGAAAUAUUUAAUGAAACAUUGCCUUGAACUUCAAGGAGCUGUAGCCCACAAUGAAUUUUGUACCAUGUGCAUUAAAUUAGUCUUGAUACAUUUAAGAUUUCUUAAAUUAAGUGGUAAAAUUCUGUAAUCUUUUUAAAAGAAAUAUGGUCAUUAGAUUUCUAUUGGAAAAAAGGAAAUAUUGGUAGCAUCUUUAGGCGUGUUGUCAAAAGUGUGCGUGCGUCUUUACCUUUAUAAUCUACGGCGAACCCGCUGAGCGUGCCAUUGUCCAUUUUUCUUUCCUACGGGUCAGUGCUCUUGCCAUUCAAGACGCCAGCGUGCCCUUUUGCAGCGAAAACGGACGCGGCUCUUUUAUCUUUUACAGUGACACCUCGAUGAAUCCUCUCAAGCAACUAUCCGAUUUGUUGUUUUUGCAUGAGCGCCCUCUAUGUUGACAAUGCGAGGAUCCAUGCAAAGGCCGAUAAUAGUUCAGUGGCGUGUACGUUUAAUUGUUAUAUUUUCCAAAAGCUACGCUUCUACAAAUGUUUAUACUUCCUGCUUUCAGGCUUCAGUAGUAACAAGUUCAACUAGAUUUAGAUUGUUUUGAUAGAUUAAUUGAGCUUAAUAGCAUGAACAUGUUGUUUUAGUUUCAAGAAUAGACCGUGUUGACCGUCUAAAACUUAACCCUAAAAGGACUGGGGGAGCAUGAUGCCCCCCUUCGACACUUCGCACGAUAUUUCUGAAACGCAAACAGAUAGCCCCGCAAAAUUUUAUGACCUUUUUUUGAAGUCUCGCGCAACUUUUGAGACCGAAUUUGUGACAUACGGGUAUAAGCAUCGCGACGUCACUUGACUUUUUACGAGACAAUGUCAUGCCGAAAAUGGCUCAUUUUCAUAAUUUGUGUACAAAGUCUAUGGGAGAUGAAAUAUAAUUAUAAAAGGGUGAAUAUUUGUCGUUCUAAUUGGUCUGCUUGAUUAAUUUAGGGUUUAAUAUAAAUAAGGUUACAAAUAUGAGAUCAGAAAAAAAGAAGAAACUUUGAAGUGAAAUUGGGUGUAAAAUAUGCAAAUAAUGCUUUUCAUGAAUAAAUUUGCAUAUCUUAUUCAUAAUAAAUAAAAAAUAAUUAUUUUCAGAAUUUUUUAAUACUAUCUUGUAGUUUAUAUGGCAAGGAAUGUGCGUACCAAAUUUCGGCGCGAUCGUGUGAACAGCGGCCGAUAUGAGAAGGGGGGGGGCAUCAUCCCCCCAGUCCUAAAUACAUCUCAAAUAGCCCAGUCCUUUAAGGGUUAAUGUUCAGGCGCGGGUAAGAUUUUUUUUUUAAAUCACACUGAGCCCGAUCUUUUUUUCAUCUUUUUUCAUACAAAAACCCUGAUAGACAUGUGGUUAAAUAAGCAUUAACUGGAUUCAUGCUUUCGGCAAAAUAACCUUUGUUCAUGUUCAUCGCGAGUAAGAACAUUUAACUGUUCAGUGUUGGCAUCACAGCGAUGAAGGGGGGGGGGCGGGCGGAAUUUUUUUAUCCACAAAAGGCAUGACCCGCGAUCAGCCGCUCAAAUCUGAUUUUUUGUUUUGUUUGAAGGGGUAGUCCUAUUGUCAAUUCUAAGCUUUAUUCUUAUAAAUCAAAAUAAAUCUAACAUAGUCUCAUAAGCCUUUUUUAAAUAGUGCGAGCGCGAGGCGCGAGAUAUUUCUUAAAUUAUUAUUUCAUGUAUUUUGUCCUAAAGUGGCAUUCUGGCAAUGUUUGUCAUCCUAAACGAGAUGAAUAAAAUGAGUUUUGAUCAUUCUGAU